UAGUUAAUGCCUUUUCUAACAGGAUGGUAUAAAUCCGCCCCUAAGGCUACCACUGACCGAAAUAUUCAUUACUAGCUGACCCAGCAAACUUCGUACAGCCUCAAAAAAUUCUUUUCACACUUUUUAAAUCUUCCCUGGACUUCCACAAAUAAUUCAAAAUCAAAAUUAGCCAAUUCGGUCCAGCUGUUUUAGCGAGACUAACGAACAGAAGUAAAUUUUUGUACCUAUAUAUGGCCGUAUUUUACAGGAACAACACACAUCAAUGGAACCAUUUAUUUGAAAAAGCCGACUUCAAAAACCAAGAACUAAGAGCUUGAAUAAGGUAGAAACUAGACGGCCACUAUAUUCAGUCAUCUUCAAGUAGCUGUAGAAGUAAGUCGCACAUUUAGUCCGUGCACGCACAGUGACCGUCACGGAGGUAAGGAAGCGAGGGUGUGUAUUCGUCGCAGGGGAGGUCACUUUCAACCAAAUUUUGUAAAUAAAGGAAAAUUUGGAAAUUACCCUUUUCUCAGUACCUACACUUUACUUAUCAUCAAGUCAUUAAUUAAUGUUGGGGAAUUUUACAAAUAAUUUUACAUGCUUGGAUAGCUAAUAAGCCAAGGAACAUUUUCUAAUAGUUUGUACGCAGUUGACCAAAUUAGUGUCUCAAAAAAAAUUUAUAAUAAUUUACUUGCUAUUUUAAAUCGAAUGAUAUUUCUUACAGUAUUCGUAUUAACUAAUGGUUAUUGAUGUAUUGGUCACAAUUGGUAACAAACCAGUAGUUUUUAUUUAUUUAUGUUUUUGUAGUAGGUAAGCUCGGGACUUUUUGACCAAACCAAAAAUGUUGAUUAUCUCAGAAACUAGCCACUUUCGGACCAGAGACCUCAAGGCCAAUUUGUAGGAAAUGACUUGUAAUAUCACCUCCCGAGAGGAAUGCGUCGAAUUACAAGUCAAUCAAUAAUCAAAGGCCCUGAUAAUAUGUUAUCGACCCACUGAUAGGUCGUGUGUCGGUCCGUGCGCCGAGCAGUGUGUGUGCCGCGUGCGAGGGCAGGCACAGAGUACGUGUGUAACGCCUGGCCUUACAAACCACGACGUAGUCAGUGCGUGCUGCCAUCGUUCCCCAUUAAUGUUCAGCGGCUGUCGCGGCCCGACGACGAACUCACAUUUUCAUGGAAUGCUCGAGAGCGUGACAGACGUCAGGCGGUGUCGCGGUGACAGAGCACGGAAUGUCGGGCGCAGGGUGAGCAUGCGGGCGGCGGUGGUGUUAGCGUGUGCGCUGCUGGCGGGCGCGGCGGGCGCGGCGGGCGCGCGCAGCUCGCGGUACGGGUUCUACCGCUCCAUGCUGGCGGAGCAGCACUGGGCCGACGGGGGUGCGGCGCCGGCGGGCCACUCGCGGCGCGUGUUCGGCGGCGAGGCGACGUCGCUGAGCACGUACCCGGCGGCGUGCGUGCUGCUGGACCGCUACUGGACGGCGCGCUGCUCGGCGGCCGUGGUGGCGCCGCGCUGGGCGUUGACCGCCGCGCACUGCGUGUCGCCGCACAUCGCCUACGUGAAGUACAACGCGCGGCGGCCCGCGGCCAAGGAGGGCGGGCUGGCGCCCGUGCACUACCUGUACCGGCACCCCGGCUACAAGGUGGUGCAGGAGGACGAGGGCCGCGGCGUCGACGUGACGCUGCUGCACCACGACGUCGGCCUGGUGCGCACGCGCAACGACAUGACGCUGGCCACUAACCCCAAGCUCGACCCCAUACACGCCAUGCGUCUCUAUAACCCGAUGGAUCUGAAGAACGAGGAAGUGCAGGUGCUGGGCUACGGGCGCACGGAGAAGUCGCUGCUGGGCGAGGAGCUGUUCGAGGUGCGGCUGCGGCUGGUGCUGUGCGAGCGCGGCGCGUGGUUCCACUGCGUGUGCGGCGUGGGCGCGGCGCGCUCGGGCGACGGCGCGCGCGGCGUGUGCUCGGGCGACUCGGGCGGGCCCGUGCUGUACCGCGGCGCGCAGGUGGGCGUCACGUCCAUGGGGCCGCUCGAGUGCGCCACGGGCCGCGCGGACCCGGCGGAGGGCGCCACUAGCGUCUUCACCGCGCUCUACAAUUAUGCGGACCUGGUCAACGCCACCAUCCACGACACAGAUUCGACGCUGCGCAUGCGCAAGAUCGACAGCAGCGCGAGUCGCGCCACUGCGCCGUUUGUGCUGGGCACGCUCACUUCUGUUCGUGUAAUAAACCAUAUUUUGAGAUAAA